AGAGUCAAGCAGAGCAGCGUUUGGACUCUAGUUUCUGCUUUAGUGAGAGAGAUAUUGGAAGUGUCUGUUUCUUCUCCUGUUUAUUAAAACAGCAAAAAACACAGACUCAACAACUUAAUUGCAAUGAUGAGAACUUCAAUAUGAUUACCACCAUGAUCCAAAAGUACAGGAGCUAAUAAUAAUAAUAAAAAUUUAUGAAAAUGAGCUUUUCCAUUUUUGUAGUAAAUGCCUGUAGAGGGAGAGAGAGAGAGGAGGGUUCAGCGCAUUAAAUAUUAUCUUCCUCGACUAGUUCAAAUAAUUAUUAACCAUCCUUCUCUACAAACACAAGCAAAUUUCAACCUAAAAACCUUUAAACUAAGAUCUACCAUCGGUCGACUGUCUCAGCAUUUCUGUCUGUCCUGAGAGAUAAGUACACACACACAUAUAUAUAUAUCUUUCCUGUACUACUGCUGUUUGUAGAACUGUUUUUUUUAUUUAUUUGUACGAUAGUUUUUUUUUUGUUUCUGUUUUUUAAUUUAACUGUAAAAAAAAAAAAUUUGAACUGUAAAGAAGAAAGUUUGAAUUGUAAAGAACGUUUUUUUUUUUAAGGGAAUAUGAACAAUUUAGAUCUGUGAAUAUUGAAAUGAUCUUACUUUUCUGUUAUCAAAACAGUUUUUGUAGACAGUCUAAUUUAUACAAAAAUAAGCAAAACUUAGACAUUCAGACAGCCUCCCAGACAGACAAAUAGAUUCUCACACACACACAGACAGUCACAGACUCACAUUAUUAGAGAGUCUCACAGACAGAUUCUCAUACACACAGUCACACAGACUCGCAUUCUUAGACACAGUCUAGCACAGACGGAGGGAUGCGCUGGCUCCUCUCCUCCUCUCUCAGGAGAGCCUCGCCUCUCUCCUCUUCCCCUGGAUCUCUCAGAAUGCUGAGCGCUGACCCCGCGACGACCCCGAGCUUCGGCGAUGGCCGCGCGUUUCGACUGAAACGGACGAGCGAGAUCGUGAGAGCGCUGACUGUCUUCAGAAUGUGCUCCGUCCCUGCGCUCGUCACACACUGUGACAAGCUCUUCUCGUUUGCUCGCUUUCUCCUCAGGCCCCACCUCUUCUCCCUCCUCAUGAGGGCCACAGCGUAUGGACAGUUCGUUGCCGGGGAGACGGUCCAAGAGAUUUGCGUUGCCAUGGACAAGCUGAGCACGAUGGGAAUGAGGCCCAUGCUGGCCGUGCCGAUCGAGGAGGACCUUGGAGAGAACAGGGAGGGGGAGCAGCAGUACGAUGAGAAUCUGGCAGCCAUGUUGGAUUGUGUGCAGCUCUCCAAGAGAGGUGCAAAGACUACAUCUCCCAUGAUGCAACUCAAAGUGACAGCCCUGCUUAGCGCUGAGCUGUGUAAGCGGAUUACAGUCCUGCUCUCGCACCCGGGUCUCUCGGAGCAGUUCUCUCUGACACGUCUGCUGCGCGCCAUGGAGGGCCAGGAAGUGAGGUUCUCAGGGCUGAGCGAUGGCGAGGCGGGUCACUUUCUGUGUGGGCUGAGGAGGCUUUACCAUGUAGGAGAGUAUGCUAAGGGUCACGGGGUUCGAGUUCUGGUCGAUGCCGAAUACACCUACAUAAACCCCGCCCUCACACUCGUAACCAUGGCGAUGAUGAAGAAGUUUAACCAAUCGGAGCCCUGGAUUUGGAACACCUAUCAGUGCUACUUAAAGGACUCGUUCUCGCUCCUCUCUGCUGAUAUCUCUGUCUCGGUCCGAGAGCGGUUCUGUUUUGGGAUGAAGCUGGUUCGAGGCGCGUACAUGGACAAGGAGAGGAAGCUGGCCAAUGAGCAGAACUACCCUGACCCCAUCCACCAAUCAUGGGAGAGCACCAAUCACAGCUAUCACCAGUCUCUGGAUAUGAUCCUGGAUCUGAUAGCGAAGGACAGUAAGCGAUACAGCAUCAUCAUCGCGAGCCACAACGAGGACUCCAUCAAAUAUGCCAUGAAAAGGAUGCAGGAGUUGGGAAUCCCGAAGGAUGGCACAGGCGUCUGUUUCGGACAGCUCCUGGGAAUGUGUGACCACGUCUCGUUAACCCUCGGUAAGCCAGUGAGCCGCAGAUCAGCGCAGUCAAUGAAGCGAGAGAUAGAGGCUAUGGAGAACGACAUUGAGGAGUCUAUCCCGAGGGGAGGGGGGAGAGAGAACCGCACGGUGCUGCUUGGGAUCAGGAGGGAGAGGGAACUGCUCCAGAAAGAGCUCUGGAGAAGAGUGCUGAGGCGGGCCUCGGGCCCCACUGGAGGAACAGUGUAGACACGUCCGGAGAGA